AUGCACUGCGAGACAUGCUGUAUUCACACGGUGUAUUUACCGUCGGUGCCCGGAACUCAUCAUGCACCCACGAUGAAAUUGCCGUCGUCCGCAACCUCGUCAUCGUUACAUCAUCAUCGUCGAACGAGCGCCUCACCUGCGGCCUCAUCCCUGACGAUGCAAUCGCGUGCCAGUGCUCUAUCAAGUGCUGCCGCAGCGGCUCGAGCUCUCACUCCGUCCUCUUCCGGGCUGAACAUCAACGUGAACGUACCGCAACCGACGGUUGCGCCAACGUUGACCCAAUCGCAAUCCCAAUCUCAAUCCCAACCUCAGGCUUUCGCUCAGAUCCCGUCACAACAUUCUCAAAUCGCCCCUCAACCACCACAA